GGUUUCCAGGGAAACUGGAAAUGUGAAGCUUUUCAACAGACACAGGCACAGCCUAAAGAGCGAGGACUGCCUAAGAGAGAUUCUUCUAGAGACAAACCUGUAGCCAGCACCAUCAGAAUCAAUCACACAGCCGAGCUGCACGGGCAGAUGUCGGCUUCAAUCAGCAGUGAGAUUUGUGAUGUCUGACCUAAAUCUGAAGAAGAGUUGUGGAGACGCUUCAGUACGACUUUGCUGCUGAGUUUGCACAAACAGCGUGUCUGUGCUGUCUGCCAGUUAUUCCACCACUUAAUGAAGAGGCAGAAUGGGGAGCCUUAAGGAUGAGAAAAGAGGUCUCAGGCUCAAAGAGGACCAGCAGCCUUCUGAGAAGUCCGAAAACACGGGACAUCAAGCAGGCUCAGAGAGCAGCGCAGUGGGUGAGGGACAUCCACUGCACACGAGUCAAGAGUCAACAACUGGAGAGGACCAUCAGCCACAUCUCCACGAGAAUGCCAGGGAUAGAAAACCAAUGUCCAAUAAUCAAGAGGUGUCAGGAGCUGAUAUGGAAACCUCUCACCGAUCAGUCUCAGAGGCAGAUAAAGACUCUACACAGACUGAUGUCCCGCCUCUGACGCCUCACCCUGCAGCUCAGGAAACAACCGCUACACAAAACCAAGCAAUAGCUCCCCUCAAGGUUCAAACUGAUGGAGAUUCUGAGAGGGGGAGCGAGGGUAGGAGAGAAGCAGAAACUAGGAAUAUCUCAGUUCCUGUGCCGUCAACUCCAGAUCCCUUUGACCCACUCUCGCCUGCCCCGAUUGGGCAGCAUCACAUGCGCACACAGGUGAGCCUAGAGGUGGUCCAGUGCCAUUCGGCGGCCACCAGCCCCAUGACUCCCCCUGAAGGGGGCCAUUCCUUCUUCUUCCCGAGCACUUUUGGGAAAUCUGGAGGUGCUGCUGCUGACACCAAAGAUGCAGAGCUGCAGGUGGGUCAGCAGGCUGAGUUCUGCUCUGUCGCCACCUCCCCGAUGACCCCCAAGACUCCGUCCACCACCGUUUUUCCAGUUCUCGUUGGGAGAGAGACAGUCCAGAAGGAAGAGAUGAAGACUGAGGAGCAAAUUCAAAGUAGCCAUCACGAGAGUUUCACAGCGAUGAAAUGUCAAGAAGCUAAGUCAGAAAAAACGAGAAGCCCGAGCUCUGAUUCAUCUCCAGGGAUUUCCACCGGUUGUGUGGGUCUCAGAUCGGAACAUUUUCAAGGGACUUGUGAGGACAACGACCAGCAGUGUAAGCAGCAGAGGAUGGGGAGCUUGGAUCAAGACAUUACAAUCUUGGUGACCCAACAUGGCAACAAUGAGGAAGAAGAUGAAAAGAAGGAAGAAUCACAUCUGGCUUCCGUGGAUCCAGAAAUGGUGAAAAUGAAAGAAGAAGGUGGAGGAAAAAGUGAGGGUGGAAAAGAAACUCCUGUUCAUCCACAGGACACGUCCAACUCAACCCGUCCUCAGAAGCAAUCCGAGGAACCAGAAGAAGCAAACAAUUCUAAGACAACAGAAAGCAAAGGCACAGGUGUGGAGCCCACAGACGUUUCAGGGACGAAACCCCCGGAGUCUCCGGCCCCCAUUGGAUGCCACAACAUCCGCACACAGGUGAGCCUCGAGGUGGUGCAGUGUCAGUCUGUAGCCACCAGCCCCAUGACACCUCCUGAGGGGGACCAAGCCUUUCACUUCCCCAGCUCCUUUGGGAAAUGUAAGGUGGCGGUCCCCGAGACGAAAGACGCUGAGCUGCAGGUGGGCCGGCAGGUGGAGUUUUGCUCAGUUGCUACUGCACCCAUGACCCCGAGAACUCCCAUCGCCACAACUUUUCCCGAGAUCAAGAAAGAGUCGAGCAUAGAGAAGAAGAUCCUGGAGGAGGAGGAGGAGGAGGAGGAUAAAGCACAGCAUGUGGCAGAGAGAAAAAAGAAAGUAGAGAAAGAGGGGGAGGACACAAAUGAGGGUACAAAUUGUGAGGAUACGUGUGAGGAGCCGGUGCAGGAGGUGAACUGGGACGAAAAAGGCAUGACGUGGGAGGUGUACGGGGCGGUGGUGGAAGUAGCUGUGCUGGGCUCAGCCAUCCAGAAACACCUGGAGAAGCAGGUGUUGAAACAGAAGCAGCAGUCCUCCAUACCUGCGCCGGAGCAAUCGGAGGCAGAGCAGGUGGAGUCAGGUAAGGGUCGGGCGAGGAAGAAAGGUGAACGGGACGAGAAGGUGAGCCGACGCAGGAGAAACCCUUUCCGUGUGAUGAUGGAGAACGUGCAGCAGCCACAUUGUUGCUCGAGAGCUCACACCAAUGAAUGAUGGGAAAAGAAAUCUGGCUCAGAACCCAACAGCUGGCUGCAGAAAACACGUUUCAGUACAAAACCCGACUGUGGCUGUGAUACUAGGAUUUACAAGAGCUCAGCGUCGUGUUGACGGGGCGAGGAACAAAUAAUCACACCCUCUCACCAGACAGACCAGUUCCAAAAGCACAUCGCUUCACCGUGGAUUCAUCACAGAGAAGCAGCCAUAACUUUCCAUUCAUCUCGUUUCUAAUGGGGGAAGGGGUUGCUCUGACCACUGAGAACUGACCACCAGGGUAACUGGCACCCUGAGUGUCGUCUAGCUCCUCUCCUUUAAUAUUUCUUUCCUCCUCAUCGCCUACUUAGGCGUUUUAGCUCCUUUCUUUGUUCACCUCAGACAGUGUGCCGCCAUGGCAACAGGCUCUCCUUCUCCUGGCUGUUUGGAAGCUCAGGUCUGAGAAGGAUGGGGCAGAUUUCUACUUACAACCUUGUGUUUAGACACUUGUCAUGGAGGCAACUUAAUGGGAUGUGAGGAUUCCAGUGGAUGUGAAUUUCUUUGUGUAUAAAAGGCGCCUUUUCUUCCUCUAGUCUUAGCUUAAGCUGAGCUGUGUAGUGAAAGGUGGUGUGAUUAGGGAUCAUGAUGCGGACAACCGUCUUUCAGGUCAAGUAUAUUUUAGGUCUCUGCUCCUCUACUGUGUUUUGCUGCAGACAGAUGUGGUCCAGUUGUGGAAUAUGUGAUGAUUCUUUAAUCUGUCUCAGUUCAGAGCACGGACGUAAUUUUCACUUUAGAAGUAGAGGGGACACGGGGGGGGGGG